UUCAUUAUUUCUUUCUUUCAUCUUUUUUCUGUGCCAUACUUACUGACAUUGGCUAUAGAUGAUCGUUGUUGGUCGAAUCGUGGGUCAUGCUGCGAAAUUAUUCCAGAAAUAUCCAGACUUUGUACUGCAGAAACAAGGGAACUCAGACUUGCACCACUUUUCAUCACAUUGCUAUAUGAUGAUGCUCGAUGGGUGGUUCGAGCAGCAUUCGAAAAUUUAGGGCCUUUUAUUGCCACAUUUGCUGAUACAGGUCAGAUUUGCUCAACACGAAGUCCCGCGUUUGAUGAUUGUAAAUUUUUAUAUCUUCCUUUUUUUUGUAGGAAGAUGUUUCAUGAAAGUGCGGCCGCUGUUUGCACAACACAUACCGAUCUUUCGAAGUUAUUUGUUGAAGAAGAUGUUGAUGGAUUUCAAUUUAUGUUUGAAGAAGAAUUGAAUAUUCCCAAGGAAUUAAUCGAAAGUUAUGUUAAAAUUGCUUCAUCGUGCAGUUCUAUUGAUAUAAGUUAUCUUUGUGCACACAAUUUUCCGGCGAUCGCGUAUACAAUUGGAAGGGAGAACUGGCCACAUAUUAAAGAGGCUUACAUACAUUUGUCAACUGAUGUUCAGUGUCGUGUUCGACUAUCGUUAGCGUCAUCAAUCCAUGAAGUAGCUGCAAUAAUCGGUGAAGAAAAUUCAGCGAAAUAUCUCGUUCCCGCCUUUGAGAUGUUUAUGAAAGAUAUCGAAGAUGUCAGAUUGGUUUUGUUGAACCAUUUAUAUGAUUUUUUCAAGGUAUGCCUUUUUCUUUCAUUAAAACUGGAUUUCAAUUUAUUAACAACACUUGCUACAUUUCUACAUUCUACUACUGGAAAUGAUAUCAACUGGCGAUUUAGACAUGAAUAUGCGAGUCAGUGUAUCCUUCUGUGCGAUCUCUACGAUGUAUAUGAUCUUAAUAAAUACUUAUCUGGCAUUGCGUUAACAUUGGCAAAUGAUAAGGUGGCGGAUGUACGAAAGAUGGGCACAAUUUUGUUGGCUAGUAUAUUGGGUAAAUUUGUUCAAGAAGAGUGGUGUUUGGAUAGCUCGUCAGUAUCAACUGAUGAAUCGCCAAUUCCAAUUACUGAAUCAUUUGUUAACGAUAUUAUCAAAGCAUUUGCUCGAUCGAUGACUGUUGUCAAUGUUCGAAUUGCUUUUGCUCGGGCACUUGCUGGAACGCGUGGUGGUCGUGCUUUCCAUGGAAGUCGCGAUUCAACUUUAGUUAGAAAGUGUCUUGAAACGUUAACAUCAGAUAUCGACGCAGAUUGUCGUUACGUUGCUCGGAUUUCUCUGGGUAUUGGUGAUGGUGAAACUAUCAUUGACGUUGGUUUUCAAUUUUUUAUUUAUAUUGCGAUAUCUUUUCAUUGUUCAAUGCCAAAAUAUAAUCUAGCAGUAAAUUUUCUAUUUUCUUCAAUUUUUUUUUCAUUUUUCUAUAAUAGUUGGGUGAGAUUUAGGUUAAAAAUCGCGGUGAACGAAUACGACAAAGGGAAAAUUCCAUUUUUGGGAUUGAAAAAGUUGACAAAGAAGUUUCCACUAUUUGAAAUGAGCAUUUUAACUGCAGAAUUCACUUCACGGAUUGGAUCUCCUUUUUAUAUCGUGAAUUUUAUAUUAUAUUUCAGGAAGAUAUUGUUCACUUAG